UUAUUAUCACUAUUUUCUUCUUAUUUUCCCCCCUUUCCUGUUGCCUUUUCUUCUUCCAAAGUUGUAAGACUUUAUUCUCGCUGCAGAGCGAACCGGAAUGCCACCAGAAGUAUAAACCAAAGUUGUCCCUAGCAAAACGAACAGGGGUACAGCGGGGCAGGGGCUGCAUUCCGGCACCAUUCUGGCAGCUUUGGCAGCCCCUGGUCCGAGGGAUGGUGCUCCUCUCUGGCUGCCGUUCGCGGUCUGAGGUCUGGAAGAGGCCCCGUCCCGUUCGCCCUACUCGGCCCUUUCUCUUUUGCUUUCCCAACACGGCUUUGUCCUCCGCAGUCAAAACCAGGACGAAGGACAAAUACCGCGUGGUGUACACGGACCACCAGCGGCUGGAGCUGGAGAAGGAGUUCCACUACAGCCGCUACAUCACCAUCCGGAGGAAAGCUGAGCUGGCCUCCAGCCUGGGGCUGUCGGAGAGGCAGGUGAAAAUCUGGUUCCAGAACCGUCGGGCGAAGGAGAGGAAGAUCAACAAGAAGAAGCUGCAGCAAGCGCAGCCCGGCGCCGCGGAGCCGCUCAGCCCCGCCGCCCCUGGUCGCAACCGCGGCCAUGAGAUCGCGUGGGCAAUGGGAUUUGCUGCGCUGGCACUGAACGAAGCGCAAGCGAACGUGUCCCAAUGGAAAUGGGCCGGGAGCGAGGUUCCGUCCUUCCCCGAGAGCCCCGAUCCCCGCGGGCAGGGACAGGGAACGUCGGGGGACACUUCGGGAGGCGUCGCGGAGUUAUUCCCGUAG